GCUCCAGAAUACAGAAAUCAGUGUGAGGGAGACGGGUGAGGCGCAGCGCAUCGGCCCUACCUGUCCUCCAUUUCUGCUCCACAGUGGAGGAUAAAACUGCACCUUUCUAUGUGUUCAGAGCCAAUGGAGGCAGCCGUACUCAACCCCCCCAUAAUGACCGAGGUGGACUGUAACAGCAACACCCUGAACGCCGAGUUGGAGGUGAAGAAGCUGCAGGAACUCGUGCGGAAGCUGGAGCGGCAGAAUGAGCAGCUGCGGACCCGGGCGAGCGGCGGCGGCCCGCAUGUGCCGCCUCCAGCCCCGGCGUGCGUCCUGGGCAGCGCCGCGGGGAGCUACUGCCUCCCCAGCCCGCUGCCCACACUGCUGUGUCAGUCGUCCUUGGGGUCUUUUGAGGAGCCUUUUGACUAUUUCCAGCCGCACUCCGCCGCUGAUGCUGCGGGGGAGGAGGAAGAUGAGGAGCCGUCGGUUCUGGAUGAGCUGGAGCUUUUAGACCUGGAUUCUGUGUACUCAGAGGAGUCUGAUGAAACAUGGUUGUAUGUGUCACAAAAAGCUGCAGAGUCGUCAGAUCCGUCCCUCACGCCUCUGCAAUGGUGUCGGCAGGUUCUGGACAGUCCAAAAUCCGAGGUGGAGGCCUCCAGGAGAUCGCUGUCCCUCCGACUGGAACAAGUGUCCAGGUGGCGUAGCUCUCUGUCCAGCCCCUCCCCUUCCUCUUCCCCUGGCCCUCCCCUGAGCCGAGUCGCUGGAGUGUCUCCCAUCACUGCCUCCCCUCCAGCAAAAUCCUGCUCAACUCCUCAGUCAUCUGAGAGACAUGGUGCUUCCUCAGCUCCAUCCCUGCCCUCCCCUCUCCACCCAGUCCUCCAUCGGACUCUGAGUCCCAUAGGGAAGGAGCUCUCCCCUGUAGCUGAAAGGGCUCCCACGUUCCUUCCUCACCUCGCCAACCGCAGCCGCAGCCUCCAGCGCUCGGCCCUCAGUCCGCAGUCAUCCAUGGACAGCGAUCUUGGUGCUACAGAGGCAGAGGACAGUUCGAUCACUCUGGGAUACAAACUGCAAGACCUCACAGACGUCCAGGUUAUGGCCCGACUACAAGAGGAGAGUCUAAGACAGGAAUUCGCCAGCACGUCGUCCGUCCUGGCCAACCGCCGCAGCCAGAGUUUCACGUUCCAGCUCAGCCAGCUCAGCGCCGGGCCCGACCUGGAGGAGGAAGACGAGGAGGACGACGAAGACUACGGCCUCCUUCCGCCACCGCAGCCACGCCUCACCCGCCUACCGCACUCCCACACCUUCUCCAGUAUACGAGAGUGGCGAAGAAGCACCAGUUCCCUGUGCACCCCUCCUUCCACCCCCUCCACCCCACCGUACCCUUCCGCUGGGUUCACCUUUCAAAGCCCGCCUCAGGCCCUGCCCCAGGGUUUGGGUCUGGGACUGGGCAGCCCCUGCACAGUCGAGCAGGGCUUCAGACCAGGAUCAGCCGAAUAUGAGAAUAAAUUGCGGAGGAGCAUGCCUAACCUCGUCAGAGCUCCCAGCAUGCCAAGUGUGCCCAUUCCGACCAAUCCCAGUGCUUCCCCUUCUUUGCUUCGCAGCAGCCAGAGCUUUGACUCAUCCAGUGGACUCGCUCGACUGCACUCCUCCAUCCCCUCCCCAGGCCAGCUCCAGAACAGGGUCCAGAGCGUAGGGAACUUCUCCUCACUGUCCCGGCAGCCGCUGAAGGCCACGGCCUACGUCAGCCCCACCAUCAAGGGCUCCGCCUACAUGCCAACCUCCACCAGCCUCCAGAAUCUGAACAGCAGCGGGACCAACAGCAGUAUCCCCAUGCUCAGUAAACCACCAGGCGGAGGAGGAGGGGGGACUCCUAUGUCUACCCCAACCCCUCCCCGCAGCGGCCUACCCCGCCCCUCCUCUUUUGUUGGCACAACAAGCUCCACCCCUCGCAGUAAAUUGACCCAACCAGCGCGCAGUUUACUGACGCCUCCAAAGAGCAUGUCCACCCUCAGUGCCCUUCGCGACAGUACCUGGAGGGAUGGCUGCUACUGAUGGGUGAAACCGUGUGGUGUCCCCCUGCUGGACGGGGUGAGUCACCGCAUCCGAACGCCUUGAAUGGUUUUGACCGAAAAGUCACUGUUGAGAUGACCUGGACUCUGAGAUCCUGCAUAGAAUCCCCAAACAUUUGACAACCGCAGUCGCACUGAUCUCGCACGUCAUCCGUUUGACUCUAUGCAGAAUGUGUUCGGCGAGGCGGGUGGUGUUUUUUUUUCUUCUGGAUUCGGGUGUGCCAAGGGGGGAGUCGCUCCCUGUUGCUCUUGUGCAAUAAACCACUGGCUGCAGGGCACUAGAUCUACUAAACCUGCUGAAGAGGGCUGCCAGUUUUUAACUAAUGAGCCUCACAAUAUUGUAUUUAUUUAUUUAUUUUGAAUAAAAGUUUUGACAAAUCAGGUGUUUCCCUCUGGCAACAAGCGCCACUGAUGCUGCUAAAAUGUAAUCUUUAAUCAGUCCCUGUUCGUUGGGCACAUUUGGACUCAUUUUUACAAGCGAAACAUUAACGUACUGUAUGUAUUGUGUACAAAACUACUAAAUAAGUGUGCAUAUAUAUAUUGAUGCAGUAUUAUUGAAUUUUAAACGUUAAUCUUGACCAAAAUGAAAAUGUCUGAAUGUGUUUACAGAAUUGUCUCACCAUGGUGUCACAAAAAUCUGAAUAUUAACACUUUACAAUUAUUCAACAAACUAUAAAAGAUCUGUUCUUGUUGCACUUUGUAUAAAUCUCUGAACUUUAACUUUUUAUGUUGUUUACUAAUGAUUGCACUUCCUUUUACUAUUGAUCUUCUAGAUUUAAUGGAAAGAAACACUUGAUGUUUUCACAGUUUCACAUGGCGUAAUGUAGCACCCUCUGUUUCAACUGUUUCUAAAUAACCCUUUCAUGACACAUUUCACAGAUGCCCUGACUUUUGUUACUUGGUGGGAUUGAAUGAGUGAAACAUUUUAAUAAAACGCUGAAUAAACC